AUGGCUGGGUUUCUCCACGUUUCUUUGCUUCUGGUUUUUCAUUUUGACUUCUUUGCUCUUGCUUUUAGCAUCACUGCUGAGGUCUCAGAUGUAGAGUCCAUCUCAACUCGGAGCCUUUUUUCUGAGGGGAGCCCUAAUGCCACUGUGGUUCCCACCACAGAGUUCACAACCAGCUACAGAAAGUCAAGAAGAAGAACCAGCACAGGCUCGAGUGAAGAGGAACGACCCAAACCAGAGAGAAGAGGCUCCAAAACACAAGAUGAAGAUGAAACUGGACCUCUGGAACUGGCGAGGAGACUCAGACGGAGCGUUAAGGUAGCAAAGACGUCUAAAACAUCUCUGAAGAAACCAAAGGUCAUCAGGAAGAAGCUAAAGUUUGUUUUAAAAACAAAACCCCAGGUGAAAAAGCGCGUGAGCCAAUCAGCCGCCAGAGAAACAGCUCCACAGUGCCCCCCUCUGGGUCUGGAGUCCCUGAAGGUGAAAGAUGCUCAGCUGAGGGCUUCAUCCUACAAACGCAGAGGCCUGGGGCCUCACCGAGGUCGACUCAACAUCCAGUCUGGAAUAGAGGAUGGAGAUAUUUACGACGGAGCGUGGUGCGCUCGGUACCGAGACCAGAAGCAGUGGCUGGAGGUGGACGCUCAAAGGCUGACCCGCUUCAUCGGUGUGAUCCUGCAAGGACGCAACUCCAUCUGGAGCUGGGAUGUGGUGCACACCUACAAGGUUCAGUUCAGUAACGACACGCUGCUGUGGAAGCCGAGCAUGAACGGGAGCGAAGAGGCCAUAUUUGAAGGGAACCAGGAUGCAGAGACUCCUGUCCUGGCCCUCUUCAACACUCCAACGGUGGCGCGAUACAUUCGGAUCAACCCGCAGAGCUGGUAUCAGAACGGGUCACAGGGGGACGUUUGUCUCAGAGCUGAGGUGUUGGGCUGUGCUCUUCCAGAUCCUGAUGUGUAUGCAUGGCAGACAGAGCCAACAGGUUCUAAAGACAAACUGGACUUCAGGCAUCACAACUACAAGGAGAUGAGAAAGCUGAUGAAGUUGGUGAAUGAGGAGUGUCCCAACAUCACCCGUGUCUACAGCAUCGGGAAGAGCUACACGGGUCUGAAGCUGUAUGUCAUGGAGAUCUCCGAUAACCCAGGAAAACAUGAACUGGGAGAACCAGAGUUUCGAUACGUCGCAGGGAUGCACGGGAACGAGGCUCUGGGCCGGGAGCUGCUGCUCAACCUCAUGCAGUAUUUGUGCCAGGAGUACACGCGAGGAAACCAGCGGGUUGUCCGCCUGGUCAAAGAAACUCGCAUCCACUUGCUGCCCUCCAUGAAUCCUGACGGAUACGAGAUGGCCUUUAAGAAGGGCUCGGAGCUGGCAGGCUGGGCCCUGGGGCGCUACAGCUACGAAGGCAUCGACAUGAACCACAACUUUGCUGACCUCAACUCUGGGAUGUGGACCGCCAUCGAGCUGGAGACGGACCGGUCCAAACUCAUCAACCAUUACUUCCCCAUUCCUGAGCAGUACACUUCUGAGGAAGCCUUUGUGGCAUCUGAGACGCGAGCCGUCAUCAGCUGGAUGCAGAACAUCCCGUUUGUUCUGGGUGCCAACCUCCACGGAGGAGAGCUGGUCGUCACGUACCCGUUUGACAUGACCAGGGACUGGGCGCCUCGCGAGCACACGCCCACCCCCGACGAGAGCUUCUUCCGCUGGCUGGCCACAGCGUACGCCAGCACCAACCAGGUGAUGUCGAACCCAGACCGGCGGCCGUGCCACAACAAGGACUUCCUCAGAUACAACAACAUCAUCAACGGGGCCGACUGGCACAACGUACCAGGAAGCAUGAAUGACUUCAGCUAUCUGCACACCAACUGUUUCGAGGUGACGGUGGAGUUGUCCUGUGAUAAGUUUCCUCAUGCCAGUGAACUUCCUGUGGAGUGGCAGAACAACAGAGAGUCUCUGCUGGUUUACAUGGAGCAGGUCCAUCGAGGAAUUAAAGGUGUGGUUCGAGACAAAGACACAGGAAGUGGAAUAGCAGACGCCAUCAUCAAGGUUGAGGACAUCGAUCACCACAUUAGAUCAGUGGCUGAUGGGGACUACUGGCGGCUGCUGAACCCUGGUGAGUACCACAUGACGGUGAGUGCGGAGGAUUACCUCCCCUCCUCCCGGACCUGCCACGUCACGUACGACCACUACCCCACCGUCUGCGACUUCCACCUCACCAAGCUCCCCAAACAGAGGAUCAAGGACAUUUUGGCAAAGGGGGGGAAACUUCCGAAGGACCUGCAGCUGCGGCUGCGUCAGCUGCGCAUGCGCAAACUCCGCGUCACCACCAAGGCCAUCAACCAGAGGCGAGCGGCAGCUGACGCCAAACGGGCGAAAAGGGUAUGAUGAGGUUUU